AUGACACAAACGUCGACCAAAACCAUAGACGAUGUGGGGGCCGCCCAUAUCUCGACCACGGGCGAGUCGGCUCCGCCAUCAGACCUCGAGAGGAUCGACACCGUCGAUAUCGAGAAUUAUCAUGGCCUCAGUGCCAAAAUUAUUGUCGUGUAUCUAUCGAUUUGCUUGAUUGGCCUUAGCCAAUUGAUGACACUGGUCGGCGCUGGUGCGUUUGCAAGAGAUGUCGCGGGCCCUCUCAACGGCAUUUCUGACUCGGUGUGGUUCGCCCAAACGAUCGCUAUCGUCACUGUGGCCCUCGGUCCACCGAUUUCACAGGCAGCGGACUUGUGGGGACGGAAGUGGUUCCUAGUAGUGCUGACGGCGUGCGGCUUUGUUGGCAGUAUGAUCGUUGCCCGUGCAUCAUCGAUGAAAAUGGCGAUUGCCGGCCAUGCCAUCACUGGCGUGGCCUUCAGCGUACAGCCCUUGCUCUACGCCGUUACGUCGGAGAUUCUGCCUCGUCGGUACCGGCCAGCUGCUCAGGGUGGCUUGAACGCCGCCUUGGGUAUGGGUGGCAUUCUCGCCUUGACUGCAGGUUCAGCUAUGGUCAAAGACUAUGGCUUCAGGAGUUUCUACUACCUGAUCGCAAGCUUGUUGGCCGUUUCAUCAAUCACGUGCGCUCUGCUUUACAACCCACCCCAGAGACCUCUACAGAAGUCUCUCGUCACGUCGCAUAAGCUCCAGCGCCUAGACUGGGUCACCUACUUUAUGCUCAUCGUCGGCGUUGUGCUCUUUGUUAUGGCGUUGUCUUGGGCAGAGAAUCCGUACUCCUGGAAAUCAGCACAGGUACUUGCGCCGCUGCUUAUCGGAAGUACCUUCAUUGUCGCACUCCUCAUUCACCAAAUAGUGAUCAAGAAGGACGGCCUGUUCCACCACGAUCUUUUCGGUCGCAAUGCUUUCCGGAGUAACCGAAACUUCAGUCUCGCUCUGCUCGUCAUUUUCAUUGAUGGCAUGGCCUUCUUUGCAGCGACCAACUACUAUCCCUUCGAGAUGUCGAUUUUGUUUGAUAGCGACCCAGUCAAGAUAGGCCUGCGCUUCUCGCUAGUUUUCUUCGCAGCCAUCGCGGCGUCAUUGCUCGUCGCCAUCUACUCCUCAAUCACUAAGGAUGUACGUUUGCCAGUCAUUUCGUCUUUUGCCGCCUUCGUGGCUUUCUUCGGCUGUAUGUCUAGUCUUACCACCGGUAGUUCCACAGCGGCGUGGAUCUAUCCUGUGAUCCUCGGACUGGGUCUGGGAAUGAGCUUGACCUGUCUGGUGACACUGGCCCAGCUCAGUACGCCUCCUCAUCUGAUCGCUGUCGCAAGUGGUUUGAUCAUUUCUAUUCGAUCGCUGGGUGCCUCUGUGGGAUUAGCCAUCUAUACAUCGAUCUUCAAUACCAAGAUCGCUGAAAACUUGGGCAAGGACAUUGCAGCUGCAGUGAUUCCUCUAGGUCUAGCACCCGAGUCACUACAACAGUUCAUUGUAGCACUGGUCUCACACAACAACCAGGCCCUUAUUGCAGUUCAGGGUGCCACUCCACAAAUUAUUGGCGCCGGAGUUCACGCUCUCCAGAAUAGCUAUCUUCGGGCUUUCAGGGAUGUCUGGAUCGCUGCUGCUGUUUUCUCUGCUGUUGCCACUAUUGUCGCUUGUCUCUUCGUUAGGCCAAGCACCAUUACCAUGCACGUUGAUGCUCCAUUAGAAUAA